AUGGCAAAAACCAACAAAUCUCAGGUGUCCUUAAAUCAAGGCUUACUGGGAGGCUCGGAGCAGUUCCAACCAGCCCUUACCGCUGCUGGAGACUUUAUGACUGCUAACGUGGACACGAAUCCGGAUUUUUUCUGGGCGCUUGAAGGAGCCGAACCUUUGAGUUUCGGCGUUGUGGUUGAAGUUACUAUAAAGGCAUUUUCAGAAAUUUCCCUGCGCCGAACUAAGCUAACCCCUGAAGGAACUUCACUAUGCAUCAAUGCCUACGACGCUAAUCUCUCCUGGAAAGGACUCGGUGGUUUCUAUAACUUGGCUAAUCACUUCGCUGAUAACGGACUAUAUAUGUGGUACUCGCCGGGCGCAGUCCAGUCAUCUAUGGGACUAGCUAUCAAUCACCAGGUCAUGGGGCCACUCUUCAAUAAACUCACAGCGGACAAGCCGUAUGAAGGCCUCUUCGCUGGCGACAGUGCAGGCACCUUAGCCUUCAACAGUGGUCGCCUCUUCACACGCCAUAAUAUAACUUUAAAUGGCAACAAGAUUGUGAUUAAUAUCAAAACCGCCAUCACUGCUCCUAGUGGAGGUGGCGUCACUGGUACUGGUGGUCAUGUGGUCAACCCUGGCGUGGCUGUUCUUGUAUCAGAUAUGGCUGUUGAUCCCACUCGGAGGCAAGCUGCUGAUUCCACAAUUAUCAUUGACGGCAUUGCCAAACAAUCUAACAAAUACACAAUUCGCUACGGGUGA